UGAGGCUGCCACGUGUAUAUUAUAGUGUGAAUGCAUUUAUUACAAUGAUUCUUUAAUAUAAAAGGGAUAUCGCAUUUAUGUCGUGUCAUUACUAGUUAUUCCACUAGUGAUAGUGUUUUCGGUCUUCCUCGAUUUUAUGCUUCUUUCAUCAGGUUAAUGCAAAGUGGACCAGACAAUCUUCUUUCUUAUGUCACUUUGCAACAUAAUGUGAUAUUUUACGUUUGGUUAAUAACACUCGGAUACACAUAGCCAUGAAUUAUCUGGACUUCAUUAUAUAUUAGUUGGAUUUCAAAUCUGACUUGCUCAUACAGUUUGUAUGAAUUCUGAUUGGCAUGAGUACUUCUAGCUAGUGCUUCGACGACCAGGCCAUAUAUAAUAUUACACUAUAACUAUUCCCCCAUUUAGUUACUUGUCUUUUUUCAUGAUCUCAGUAAUUUUCUUUACACUUUGAUAGUCUUAACUAACACUUUAUUUUUAUAAUAAAAGUUAAGUAUAUAUAUAAAAGACAUUGGAAACUAUAGAGAUACCAAUGCAAUCACAUAGAAUGUAGAAUAUGCCAUAGAGAUAACAUUUUGAUUCUCAUAUAACUGUCGAUGAUAUAUGUAAACAUAUAACAAAAUCUUACGUAAUUUAUCAUCAGAUACGAGAAAAACACAUGAAAAAGGUGCUUUAAAUUACGAAUAUUCCUCCUCAAAAAUAUAUCUUAAUCAAGAAAAGUUUGUGGAUGAUUACACAUAGACGAUAAUACUAGACGUAAUUACAAGUGUUUUAAGUCCUAACAUUUUCAUCCUCAUGAUUAAAUUACAAUAACAAAAAAAUUGAAAUAUGUAUCAUAUAAUUUUGGCUAACGCCAUCAGCACAAAUAAUCAAUACUUAAGGCAAGUUCAUGAACAAUAACAAGUUGUUUUCCUAGGUGGAGCCAAAUAUAUAGUAAGUGCGAGUUAGUAUGGAGAUUUCAUGUGUGAGAAAACAUUAUAUGUGUCAUGGUAUCAGACGAAAGACGUGUUUUCUAGUUUUAACACGAAAGACGUGUUAUAUGCGAUUAACCUAACUGAGGCUAGUUAUGAUUAUGGUGCUACUCGUAAUCAUGACCCUAGUCCAUUAAUAAUUUUAAUCAAGCAGAAAAUGCGCAACAUAGCGGAAUUGUUCUUCUUCACAAAAGAGUAUAAUACAUAUAUAACUUAGUUUAGUGAACACGCCGACUUUUCUUUCUGUAGGGAUAACUAUUUAUACCAAUAUAUCACAGAAGACAACAUUUAUGAAUUUUGGGUUGUAUUUGAUAUAUAGUUCGGGAAAGCUAAUGAGAAUAUGAACCUAGGUUACAAGAGAAGAAUUAUAUAUUCACAUUCUAGAAAAUAGCUAGGUAGGAGCUAAGAAAGAACGUUAUGUACAUCAAAUAUACAAAAAUAUACAAAGGUUUCUACAUCCUGAUAGACCUCUCAACCCCCACGUAAUGUCUUAAUCCUACUAUUUAACCCACUUUCUUCAUGGCCUCUCCGGAUGAUCGCACCUAUUUAAUAUACUAAUCUUCUUUAAUCAUGAUUAAUAUACUAAUGUUUAAUGAUCCAAUUGCGCACCACCCUUUUUAGUUUUGUAGUACCCAAUAAUCUAAACGGAAAACUUGAGUAAGUUCAGUCUUCCAUUAAUUGUGCAAACCAAAAUAAAAUUAAGUGAUGAAAGUUUACAUUUUAUUAUCAAGAAAAAGAGGUCUGCGUUUCUCAUAAGUAAGUUCCUUUUUAAUUAGAGGUUAGAUUUGGUUGUUUGAAAUAAAAGUUUUUUCUAAUCUGAAUUAUCAGUUAAUUUGAUUUUUAUACUGUAUUUAUAUAUAACUAUUUUAGUUUACUGUUUUGAUUAAUUUUUCACUAAUGUGGUUAAAGAUUUAGAGUUCGAAUCACAAAAUACAAUUUAGUAUUAUUUAUGUAGAUUUAUCAAAAUAAUAAUAUAUGGUAUUUUUAUGUAAGUAGAACUGUGAUACAUCUUCAUAAAAUAAUUUUGUGUGUCAUGUAUGAAUCCUCAAAAUAUUAUAGAAUUUUUUUAUUUUAGAAUCGUCGAUUAAUGAUCCUCAUAAUUUGUAACAAAAUAAAAAUAUAGUUAUACAUAUCUAUUUAAUUCAAACUAUUUCAUGAUUGGUUUAAAUUUCUCUUUACACUAUUCACUUUCUUUUUGGUAAAGAGAUCAAGUGUACAUCAACCACAUAAUAUUAUAUCGUAAGCAGUGUAUAUAUCUUAUGGCAUACCGAUACGUAACGUUCAACUACUUACGGAUGAAUACGUUUUCUUAUACAAAGAGAGUUUCUUCCGAAAUUCAAACUCAUUUUUUCAUGUAUUAUUCGGCCAGUACCUACAACUAAUUAAACCGAACACUUUGAAAGCGCGAUCAAACAAACGUUUGAUGAGUUUUGGAACCCACAUGCAUUGUUGACACAUCAAAGAGUUAAUUCAGUAGUUUUGGCCAUGUGUUCUCUUUACGCAUCAUACGUUCUUUUCCUUCUCUUCAUGCCUCAUUUAUAUUCUAACCGUAACUUUUGUCGACGUUUGUUAUAUUUAUUUUUCAAUACUUUAUAUAUUAGUGGGUACAAAAGAGUUACGUUUGUUUCAAAAAAGAAAAAUGAGUUACAUUUGUGGACAAAAAGAUGGAAGAGCAUUACAAAAGAAGAGAGGUUUACACACCUUUUUUUAGUUAAUGUUUUGGUAAAGAGUUACAUACACCCCUAUAAACGUUAAUAUUUCAAUAACAAGUUCUAAUAAUUUGUAGAUGUCUUAUUGGUCCAGUGGACUAAGAGUUCACUAAAUAUUUUACAUUAAAUCUGAGGUUCAAAUCUUACAGAAUAUGGUUUGUUAUCAUCUAUUUAGAUUAAUGUUCAGCUGUCAGAAAAACUGUUUAGCGUGAAUCUUUAUAUAAUGGUAAGAUUAUUCGUUGUAAAUUAGUUGAUAUAACGAUUUUUUAUAGUUUGUAAUAGAGUAAUAAUAAAUUAUGUUAACAGGUUUAAAUAUUUUUUCUUUCAAUUUUUAAUUAUAUGCUCAAGCUAAUGAAUUUGCCAAUCAGACGCAACUGAUAAUAUAGACACACAAUUUAAGAAAAAGUUAACUGAGCUAUAUAAGAAAAAUAUCAUGACUCAUUACCCACAAUUGCUUUUUAUUUGAUUGUUUAUUCGAGAGUGAUGAAUAAGAUACAAAACGCUGGUCGACCAUGUGUAUAUAAACGGUCGCUUACUUAAAACAUAUCAAACCAACAAAACAAGAAAUUAAAAACAAGAUUAUUUUACACCUGAAACAACAUAAAAAUAUGAAACCUUCUGAACAAGAAGCUCCCAAGCUUGCGGAGACACUAUCAAACAUAUCAAAUGAUUCAUCAGCAUCCGAGAAAGGAGAAGCAACAAGUCAACAGCAAUCCAACAAUGGGUAUGCACUCACAGUUGAUGAGGUGAUCGAGCAACAUAUAGGAGCACUUGGGUUUGCUCAGAUCAUGCAUGCUCUCUUGGUCUCUAUUGCUUGGACCUUUGAUGCUCAGACCACUCUUGUCUCUAUUUUCUCCGACGCUCAGCCUGCUGCAAGGCUUCUCGCAACUGGAGCCAUCGUGGAGGGCUCUUUGAUGUGUGGAAUGAGUACCAGCGAGUGGGAAUGGGUCGGAGGAAAGAGCGACACUAUUGUUUCUGAAUGGGAUCUUAUAUGUCAACAUAAGUUUCUUGUUGCUCUUCCAUCUACUCUUUUCUUCAUCGGUUCUCUUUUCGGUUCUGGAGUUUAUGGAUAUCUUGCAGAUUCAUGGUUUGGUCGGAAAAAGACACUAUUUCUCUCUUGUCUACUAACCUUCGUCACCGCUUUGGCCAUCUCCUUUGCCCCAAACAUUUGGGUUUACGCGUUCUUGCGUUUCGCCAACGGGUUCUUCAGAUCAGGCAUCGGAUCUUGCUGCAUCGUGCUAGCCACCGAGGUCGUCGGCAAAAAAUGGCGUGGACAAGUAGGCCAAUACGGUUUCUUCUUCUUCACGUUAGGGUUUCUAUCUCUGCCCCUCAUGGGUUACUUGGAGAGAAAGUCAUGGAGAAACCUAUACAGAAUCAUAUCCGUUUUACCACUUGGUUACGCUCUCUUUCUCUUGCCUUUUGCUUACGAGUCUCCUCGAUGGCUUCUCGUCAAAGGACGUAACAAAGAAGCGAUGGUGGUCUUGAAGAAACUCGCGAGGCUCAACGGGAAGCAGCUCCCAGCUGAGCUUAGCUUGGUCGAUCCGAUUCAAGGACGAGAUGAUCAAACCUCGUCCUCGGAGAACUUUUGGAAAACGAAGUGGGCCGUGAAGAGGAUUGUGAUGGUUAUGAUGGCUGGAUUUGGAAGUGGUUUUGUUUACUAUGGGAUUCAACUAAACGCUGAGAAUCUCAACUUCAAUCUCUACUUAACCGUCGCGGUGAACGCUAUGAUGGAGUUUCCUGCGGUUUUCAUAGGAAGUUUCCUCCUCGGUGUCAUGAACCGUCGUCCACUGUUCUCAAACUCAUCGUACCUAGCUGGAAUCUCGUGCUUGCUCUGCGCGAUUCUCUCGCUCCAGCGUGUGACCAAGGCCAUGCCUGUAGCCAAAUGGCUGCAGCUUGCGGUUGAGGCGGUUGGUUUCAUGGCGUCCUCGACGGCUUACGAUGUUCUAUAUGUCUAUGCGGUGGAGCUGUUCCCGACGAACGUGAGGAACUUUGCGGUUUCGCUUCUGCGUCAAGCGUUUAUGUUGGGAGCGUCUGCGGCUCCGUUGCUAGUUGCGUUGGGAAGGGAGAGUGCGAUGAUGUCGUUUAUUGUGUUCGGCGUUGCGUCUGUGUUGAGCGGUGUGGUUAGCCUGUGGCUAAGAGAGACGCGUAACGCUCCGUUGUAUGAAACGCUAAGGCAGCAGGAGAAAGCAGAAGAGAUGGAGAACAGAACAGAACACACUUGAUCAUUUUAGUGCUGGUCUUAUAUGAUGUUUUUAUGUCUAAUAAAUGGGAAAAAUGUAAAAUCUUUUCGAUUUACCAGCGCAUUGUAAUGCAACGUUGAUGAAAUGUUAGUCUAAAUUAAUCA